AUGUUUUAUAUUCAUGUAAUGAUAGAAGAAUCAUCUAAUGUUCUAUACGAAACUGCAAUUAACAUAGCCCAUAUUGUGAAUAGUGGAACUUUCAGUGACCUGCUAUCUGAAGUUGCUAAUGAUAAAUUUUCAAAUAGAAAAAUUCAAGUCUUCGGGCGUGAAAAAAAAAAAGAUACAUGGACAAUGUUGCAAGAUGGAUUGGAUGAUUAUUUACAGGCGUUAGUUCAAUUAAAUUUUAAAUUUGUUAAAUUUUUACUUGAACAUAUUGAACCACAAGAAAUUCCACAACCUGUAUUGCAAAAUGCAAAUGUAAUAUUGAUGGAUAAUGCAAGACAACUUUUUUUCCCUAAAAAACUAUCCAGAGGCAAUAGUCGUGACUGCCUCUAUAAUGAUCUUAUUGAUCUUCUUAAAGAAAAAGGUGGAGGAUGGCCUGCUGGAUGUGAAAAUACAAGGGGAAAAGUAUUUUUAGAGCAUUUGUCUAGUGCAAUUUGGUAUAUUGAUCCGCACAUCCAAUUGCUUAAAAGUCGUUCAUGUUAUAUACCUUCUUUAUUUCAGCAAUUGCCAAAAUACAAAUCAGAUUCUAUUUAUAAUACAUAUUAUUUUAAAACACAUCACAAAAAAGAAAAACUUUCCUGCCAAAAAUUACUUGAACAUUGCAAAUCUAUAGAGUAUAGUGCUAGUGAAAUAUGGGCGAGUAGAAAAUGUUGGUUAGAAAUUAUUCCUGAGGUUUUUAACCUGGCUAUUAUGAUGCGAAAAUAUGCUGAACAUUUACAAAAAUCUUUACAACUUACUAACAAUGCACAUUAUUCUACUGAGUUAGUUCGUACACCUAGUAAACAUUGUAAACUUAAAAUAAUCUUAGGCAGUUUAAAAAUCGAUUCUAAAUAUGAAGAGCUAGAAAAAAACCUUGCUAAUAGAGAACUUUAUGAUUUUAUUGAAAUUUCUGAGUUUCUUCCAUCAGAAUGUAUUGAGCGUCACCGAUGGAUUAUUCAGCUAAAAUUAUCUUUUUCAAUUUGCUUAUAUAGAUAUAAAAAAGUUUAUCCAUGUUGUAAAACAUGUAAAGAAUUAGGAAAAGAUCAUUUUACUCAAAUUGAAAUUAAGACUAGUAAAAUGAGAGUCAAAAAACGGCCAUUAGAAG